AUGCAAAGAGAUGAGAGAGGACCGACGAAACGAAAAACCGCAUCGCGUCCGACGAUUCUCGACGACGAUGCGAUGCGUGUCGCCGAAGGCCGGCCUCCUGGUGUUUGUUGGGCGACGUGGCCGACGAGAGAGCGGAGAGUACGGCGCGCUGGGAGGGUCGGCCAGAGAGCUCGACGGCGCGGCGAGAGAGUGCGACGGCGGGGUGGAGGGCAGCGAGACACGCAGACGGUCGGAGACGCGACGCGGUCGAUAGUUGGCUUGGCGCCCUUCGUCUCUCGCGUGUCGCUGCUGCUGGCUGUGUGCUCGUUUUCGGUCGCGCGCGCUCAGUCAGUACUGCCUUUCGUUCGUUUGCGGCCCCUCACACGCAAACGCGCUGUCUUCCCCAAGCCGUCUCCUCCAUUCGUUCCUCCGCGCCGACACAAAACUCGCCUUUAUAUUCAUUCAUUAUUUUUCUCGUUUUUUAGUACUGCUACUCCGGUCCUUUUCCUACUGCACGAUUUGUAUGGACGCCGUCAACGGCGGAUGAGUCCCAUUAGUCGCCGCUGGUACUCGAUUCUGUGCGGCACGCGCGCCGCUGCUUUCGCCAGCCAUCAUAGUUACGUCGCGGGAGUACGCCAAAAUGGCCACCACUUCCAAGGCGUUUCGGACGCGUGCGUUCGACGCCAACAAACCGAUGUUCGUCUACUAUGUCCAUGAGGUGCCUGACGUGUUGGAGAAUGCGCCAGGCAACCGGGCAGUUACUCAAAUGCCCACCGGAAUGGAAAAAGAAGAAGAAAUGGUAGGUUUUUCAAUGCAGUGAAGUUAAACUGGCGCUCUUUAUCGAUUUUCGUUUUUGAUUUUGUCUUGUAUUUCUGCUUGCCGUAGAAUUUUAUGAUUUCUAACUUUGUAAGUUAUCAACAUUCGAUUUUUAAACUCUCCACCUGCCGGUAGGAACGGGUACUUUAGGUUUUCUUUGUGAUUUAUAGACAGCUUAAGCUACUUAUAUGAGAUAGGGAUGAGACAUAGGUCUUGUUUCAAUUCGUAAACGUUUUCGCAUACCAGUUUUUUUUAAACGAAAGUUUGAAAUCUACACUUUUGUGCUUUCUUCCAGUUUAUUGGAGUUAAAGAAGAAUAUAUCGAAUUAUUUGUCUGUACUCCACAAUUAUUCAAGCGGUUCUUAUAAAGUAACACUAUCUAAGGGCUUUUUUUAAAGAACCGGAUAAUCUCAUUUAAGAUAUAUAAAACUUUCUUCUCAUUUUAUUUUGAGAUUGGUGUUGGUCAAUUUAUAAUUCACUUUUCAUGUUCGACACCUCGCAACCUUGAAAACCACUUUCAUCUUCGGUAUGGGUUCCAUAACCUUGAGAACUUUUUCUUUUAAGUUUUUCGAAAUUUAUUAUUCAUAGGUGUCUAGACAUUUGUCACAUGUCCCUUGUUACCCUAAUUUCUUUUUUUUUCAAUCGUAGAAAACAAUUUCAAAAUAGCUUUUUUCAAUUUCGUCUUUUUUGUUCCGGUUUUUUUUUCACAGCUUUUUUCAGUUCAUAUUUAAUUUCCGAAGAAACUAGCAAGUUUCCCAAAGUUAAACUUAGCUUCUGAUACGAAAAAGCGGGGGAAGCUAGUAGGCGUGGCUUUUGAGAAAUGUGUAGAAGUCUGAAAAGGGACGAGAGAAGCCUUACUUAUACAUGCGCUAGCGCGUAUCGAUCUUUUCACACUACUUCACACGAGCGAAAUCUCAAUGUGUUUGCACAUUUUCCCACGGGCAGACAGAAAGACAUAGAUAAAUCCAAACGAUGAAUUAUUUGUGCUCUCCCGAAAAGGUGCUAAUAAUUUAUAUAAUUGAAGGAGUCGCACUUGCAAGACGCCAUCGUCGCACAGCAGGCAAGCACCUCAGGUGUUCAAGUUGACAGCCAUGUCAUCCCAACGCCGAAAGUGUUUCCUGUGCCGCAAGAUCGAUAUGAUCGGACGUACAAAGUCAGGAACAAGCCUAUCAAACACACGAGCACGGCAAAGUACAUCCGUGUUCAUGGUUAGUAUUGAUCAUGUUGGUUUUAUCCAAAAAAUCGAUUUUUAUCAUUUUUUUUCUUCUAAUUUUUUUCUGGUUAGAAAUGUGUUAAGGAAGCAUUUCUAAUUUUUUCUCUCUUGUUUUUGGAAAUGUGUUAAAGAAGCAUUUCUAUUCGUAUCUGACCGAUUCUAAGGAAUGUGUUAAAGAAGCAUUUCUAACAUUAUCGGCAUCUCUCUUUCAAGUUUAGUUGGAUUCCAUUUCUCAAAAUCUUAGAAUUGUUUUUUGAAAUAAAGGAAAUUUUUCUUUUUUCGAAUUUUUCACGUUAUUGAUUUUUUAACCCUUUCAGCAUGGUUGUCACUCGACAAAGAAGAACCUGACUACGACGCCGAUUCUGAGGACGAGGAAUGGAUGUCAAGUCGACCUCAUAUUGAGCGACGGACCUUGGAGAAGAUCUUUGACGUUCUGGAGGCACAAUCUUCGGACAAUCAAAUCUGUUUGCCGGCUAUAGCGCACAAUUCACUCACAGGUUUGUUUUUUUCCCUGAAGUUUUUUUGCAUUUUUCUUUAUUGAUUUUUUUUUUUCUCAAGUUCUGGAUUUCAGCUUACGACGGGUCGAUUGUCGAUGAUGUCUACGAUUACUGGAUCAACAAGAGGAUCUCUGCGACGACGUCCUACGGAAACGUUGGCGUCGGAGGACUGAUCCCAAAAGUUCGAACAGAAUGCAGAAAAGUAAACUUUGAAUAUAUUGAUUUUUUCAAAUAAUUUAUUUUUCUAGGAAGCCCAAGGGUCAUUAAGUCCAUAUGUGGCGUUCCGAAGGAGAGCUGAAAAAAUGCAAACGAGAAAAAACAGAAAGAACGAUGAAGAUGCGUAUGAAAAGGUAAAUUUUUGUUGAUAUUGAUUUUUUCAAAAAAUUUUUUUCAGGUUCUCAAGCUCUCAUAUGAUCUCCGAAAAGCCGUCACCUUGUUCGACAUGGUCAAACGACGUGAAAAGACGAAGCUGGCGCUCAUUGAUCUUGAUGCUGACAUUUUGACACGUCGGAUGGCACUUGCCGACUAUGGAUCUACGAUUUAUUCCCAAUUCGUCUCGAAAAUGCGCGGCGGCGUCGUGGAUGGGGAACCAAGCAAGCCUCUGGCCGAAAUAAAUGGCUCUUCAGGCGAUACUCCCAUCAAAGAACCCGUUAGUUUUUACCUCAUCAAUUGUUUCAUUGAAAAGUGUGUUCUAGGAGCCGAAAAAGAAGAAGAAGUCGCGACGCGUCCGUCCAUCCACUACGACCCUGGACCGCGAGGUUCCGUCGAGAGCAUGGCUGAAGAAGAACGCCGAAGUUUGGAACAAGCCGCCGUCGUUGUUCAGCCAGAUGGGCAAUUCGCCUGUUGUCGAGGUCGAGAGAUCGACGCAGGCUGCUCAAGACGCCAAUUUGGACGGUCGUUACACCUUCAAGCGGCGUCGUGGCUGCGUCUACCGUGCUGCCAUCCCAAUCGUUCCGGCCAACUCUGCUCCAACGCAAAAGCCUGUCGAACAUGUAAUUUCAUUACUUCCAAACAUUGAUUUUAUAUCGGUUUUUAAGAUUCCUCUCCGUCGACACGUCUUCGCGACUUCGCUUCCAACAGUCGAUGGAAGAUUCCGUUCUAUUGGCAUGGCUCGUCGACGCGUUGGCCGGGGUGGUCGCGUUAUCUUCGAUCGGGUGGUCAACGCCAACAAAGGAGCUGAUAAUCGCGUUCCGAAGAUCUUUGAUCCUUUCGACGACGAGAUCUUUGAAAAUCGCACGAUGUAAGUUUGAUUUUUUUUUUUUGAGCAGCCAGGAAUGUAAAAAUCGAUUCUCAUUUGAUGUUUUUCAGGAGCUUCCGUGCUCGACUUCAUCCAUUCGGCGAAGAAGAUCCAAUGGAGCCUAUGCCAACUGAACGGUUCUUCCAACGCAGCGAUCGCUUCCGCUUUGACGAUGAUGAGGACGAGAAAGCGUGGAUCGAGUCGUAUCGGCCGUCCUCGUCGCGUUCGAUGACCAUGGCUCCUGAAGUGCCAACUGAGCCGCCCGACGAGGAAGAGCCGAUGGAGGUGGACGUUCAGCCGGAGCCUCAGCCCGAGGAGCCGGCGGAAAAGAAACGAUCGACGACGCCACCAUCUGCUGAAGUGCCCAGACCACCGCUGCCGCCUGUGCCUCCUCACUCGAUGAUGAUCUCACCGAAGAAGUCUUCGUGUUCGGGAAACGGGCCAGCGGGCAGAGUGGACCCGACUCCAAUGCCGGAAAAGGUUCUUGACUGCUUCUUUAUGCUAUUGAAUAAAACAUUGAUGAGUGAUUUUUUUCGUGUUUUUUUAUAAUCUUUUCAUUUUAUUUUUCUGAAAAAAAUCAAUGAUUUUUCAAGGUUUCUGGAUUUCGGUUCGAAAGAUUUAAUUCUCGUUUUUUUCCUUUUUAUUGGAGAACUGGUUGAAGAAGUAUUGAUUAAUUUUUUUGGUCACCUUACUUAAAAAAAUCGAAAUUCGAUAUUCUAACUUUUUUUGUACAAAAAUUGAUCGAAUCAAAAAAUUUUUUGGACAAAAUUUUGAGUUGAAAUAAAAAUCAAUAAAAAAACCUCGUUUUUUGCUGGAUAUCCAAUGAGUGUAGUCGUUCAGAUGUGCGGAACGGUAUCGGCGUCGGAUGAUUGGCGAGAGGCCAGCGGCUCUCCGUCGGAGUCAAACUCGUCAACCGACUGGGGAAACCCAACUGGGUCUUACAUGAUGUCGUCGACGUCGACGUCGGCGGCGACAGCCGUUGUGGCUUCUUCUGCCGCUUCUGCUGCUGCUGUCAACGCCGAGGAAGGCGAGGCGCGAACCGGCGACCUGCCUGUCGCGCGUCAACCACCUUCCGUCAAAGAGUGAGUGAUUAUUUUCGUUUUUGAAAAAUCGCUUCUCUUGCCAAUUUAUUGAUUUUUGUCCUUUUUCAGCUCGGUCGGCAGUGUGACCAUGCUGGACUGCACCAUGAACACCUACAUGCUUACGCCGCCCCCGGUCGGAAGCUGA